CGCUCCCGGAAGUGGGAGGUGGCCGCGGGAGUUUGUGUGGCCGCCGCCGCGGGAACCAGAGCCCCGUAAUUUUUCAACAGAGAAAGGCGGGGUGUUUCGGGCUUGGCGGCCUGAGCGUGAGAGACUGUCCGGCUCCGGCCAGCUUUUCUUCUGGCGUGAGGGUCGGCAUGGAGGAGCCACAGAGCGAAGAGCCUGGCGGCGAGGCCGAGACUCCCGCGCGGCCGGAGUACGGGCAGGAGCCGCAGCGUCGGAACCUGGAGAAAAAGCAACGGUGUAGAUUUGAUGGCCAAGAAACAAAAGGAUCUAAGUUCAUUACCUCCAAUGGAAGUGAUUUCAGUGACCCAGUUUACAAAGAGAUUGCUAUCACGAAUGGUUGUAUUAAUAGAAUGAGUAAAGAAGAACUCAGAGCUAAACUUUCUGAAUUCAAGCUUGAAACAAGAGGAGUAAAGGAUGUACUGAAGAAGAGACUGAAAAACUAUUACAAGAAGCAGAAGCUAAUGCUGAAAGAGAGCAAUUGUGCCGACAGUUACUAUGACUACAUCUGUAUUAUUGACUUUGAAGCCACUUGUGAAGAGGGUAACCCACCUGAGUUCAUACAUGAAAUAAUUGAAUUUCCUGUUGUUUUACUGAAUACUCAUACCUUAGAAAUAGAAGAUACGUUUCAGCAGUAUGUGAGACCAGAGGCUAACACACAGCUUUCUGAUUUCUGCAUCAAUCUUACUGGAAUUACUCAGGAUCAGGUAGACAAAGCUGAUACUUUUCCUCAGGUCCUAAGGAAAGUAAUUGACUGGAUGAAAUUGAAGGAAUUAGGAACGAAGUAUAAAUACUGCAUAUUAACAGAUGGUUCAUGGGAUAUGAGUAAGUUCUUGAACAUUCAGUGCCAACUCAGCAGGCUGAAAUACCCUCCUUUUGCGAAAAAGUGGAUCAAUAUUCGGAAAUCAUACGGCAACUUCUACAAGGUUCCUAGAAGCCAAACGAAACUGACAAUAAUGCUUGAAAAACUAGGAAUGGAUUAUGAUGGGAGGCCUCACAGUGGUCUUGAUGACUCUAAGAACAUCGCCCGAAUAGCAGUUCGAAUGCUUCAGGAUGGAUGUGAACUCCGAAUCAAUGAGAAAAUGCAUGCAGGACAGCUAAUGACUGUGUCCUCUUCCUUACCUAUAGAGGGCGCUCCAGCUCCACAAAUGCCACAUUUUAGAAAGUAGCCGCAUUUGUGACUGUGGCUCAUUCUAAUCUGAGCUGCUACAAAGGUAGCAGAUGAUUACUCCUUGAAUCAGUCCUACAGUGCAAACUUUAAGCACCUUAAACAUUUAAAAUCUUGUUACAGUUAUAGAUGGCUAGAGUUGUAUAUGUAUGUGAACAAAUUUUGUGAGAGGGCGUAUUGAACUGUCACCAGCACUUUUAAUAUGAGCAAUGAUUGUUACACAGUAACAGUUUCUGCUUUGAACUGAAUUUUACAAUUUAAGAUGCCCAAGAUGUGUUCCUUUUGGUUUUAAAAUGCAAAAUUUUAUUGGCUCAUCCCUUGAAUGUCAUAUUAUUGAUGUCAAAAUACAGAAUAUAUUUCUACGUUAGCCUCAUUAAAUAAUUUCUUAAGAUGCAUAAAAGAUUGGAAGAUAGACCUUAUCUGAUCUUUGGAUUUUGAGAAUAUCAUAAGGCCUUUUUUGAAUUUUGUAUGAGAAAUUCAGCUACAGUUGUCCCACUGUAUCCUUGAGAUUGGUUCCAGGACCUCUCAUGGAUACUAAAAUCUGAGGAUGUUCAAGUCCUUAUAAAAAUGGCAUAAUAUUUGCCUAUGAGUAUAACCUAUACAAUCUUCCUUAUACUUUAAGUCAUCUCUAGAUCACUUAUAAUAUUUAAAACAAUGAAGUGCUGUGUAUGUUUAGGCAAUAAUGGCAAGAAAAAAAUUCUGCACAGGCACAACCAUGAUAGGCACACAGACCAGAGGAAUUAGAUGUGAGGCAAACAAUGCUUGAAUGAGCGCUAGAAUGAGACUGGGGAUCUGAGAGAGUUGGAGGCUGCAGUGAGUGGUGUUACUUUAUUUGGCUUGGUGCUGAAUGUAUAGCAAAUUCAGGUUUUGCUUUUGGAUUUUUUUUCCUCCUGAAUAUUUUUAAUAUGCAGAUGGUUGAAUCUGGGUGUGAAGCCUAAGGAUACAGAGAGCCAACUGUGUAUGUGGUAAAUUUCUUCCAGUACUUGAUGUGCAUAUCUGCCUGUGUUUUCUUUUCAACUCAUGAUUGGAAGACUUGUGAUAGAUUAGAGGAUUUUGUUACAGACUUAGUUGGUGAUGAGAUAAAUACACAGUCAAAAUGCUGUUUAAAGGACUAUCGUAAAUUCUGUAGCUCACAUUUGGUAAUACGUAAAUAAACCAGUGGGUUUUUUUUUUUUUUUUUUUUUAAUUUGAUUGCUUGGUUCCCCUUUUCCUUGUGACGGAUCUGCCCAAAUUUCUAAAUCGGAGUAUACUGUGCUUUUAAUAAAAUUAAGGGGCACCACUUAAUUUUAAAUUUGUAUUCAGUAUUACAGGUGAGGUCAAUAAAAUCAAAUAAUGCUUUC